CUUCUAUCUGAAAACCCUAACCCCCUCCUCCGUCUCGCCGCCGAUCAGACCCCAAAUUCGGACCCGUGUGUCUCCCGGCCCCAGCCGCGCGCCGCCAUGCCGGACGUGCAGCCGCUCGUCAGCGACUUCGUCCUCAAGCUCAAGCGCCGUAAGGUGGAGGGGUCGCAUGCCGUGGCGCGACAGACGGCGGAGCUGCUGAGGUCAGUGGUGUCGCAGCACCGGAUGGGCAGCACUAACCAAGCGGCCGCUCUCGCCGACGCCAUCCGUGCCGUCGGGGAGCAUCUCAUAGCAGCCAAUCCCAUCGAGCUUGCUGUUGGAAACAUUGUGAGACGUGUCUUGCAUAUAAUAAAAGAGGAAGACAUAUCUUCUACAGCAGUUGGUAUCGAAGGUCUUUCUGUAACUGCUGUCAGUGACGAUGAAUAUGACAGUGGAAAUGAUGACCGUCCUACCUUAUCGGCUGCUGUUCUUGCGUCCCAUGCUAGAAACACUCUUCGGGCACCUUCAUUGCAGACUCUCCUGGAUGAUAUUCCUGUGAGCACUGCCCUUUCACACUCUGCAUCAUCAGCUGGGGAUUCUGAUGGGAAAACUGGAGAUAAGAGCUUGAAAACUCGGAAACUAAAGCAUGAUGUUAUUGCUGCCAUUGGUGACCUUAUUGAGGAGAUAGAUACAUGUUAUGACCAGAUUUCUGAGCAAGCGGUUGAACUUAUUCACCAAAAUGAGGUCAUCCUAACUCUAGGUCGUUCGAGAACCGUGAAAGAGUUUCUGUAUGCUGCAAAAGAGAAGAAGCGAUCUUUUCGUGUAUUUGUUGCUGAAGGUGCUCCAAGGUACCAGGGACAUGUUCUUGCGAAAGAGCUGGUUGAGAAAGGGGUACAGACUACUGUUAUAACUGAUUCAGCUGUUUUUGCUAUGAUCUCUCGAGUGAACAUGGUUAUCGUUGGAGCUCAUGCAAUAAUGGCAAAUGGUGGAGUCAUUGCACCAAUUGGGAUGAAUAUGGUUGCUCUUGCUGCUCAAAGGCAUGCUGUGCCCUUUGUUGUGGUUGCUGGCAGUCAUAAGUUGUGUCCUUUAUAUCCACACAACCCAGAGGUUUUACUCAAUGAGCUUAAAUCACCAUCUGAUUUGCUUGACUUCGGCGAGUUCUCGAAUUGCAUGAAUUUCAGUACUCAGGAUGGUACUCCUCUCCUAGAUGUUGUCAAUCCAACAUUCGACUAUGUGCCACCGAAGCUCGUCAGCCUUUUUGUCACCGAUAGUGGUGGGCACAGUCCAUCAUAUAUAUACCGGCUUAUUUCUGAGUACUACUCAGCUGAUGAUUUGGGAGUACGGCGGAUGUCAUCGUCUUGAAAGAACACAAGGCAGUGUGUUAUCAUUAUGAAGAUAAUAUGGGAUCUUGGUUAAACCCAAGCAACGUUGCCGCACUUCGUCGCAGUAUGCUGUUUUGCCUGUAGAGUUGGAGGCUGCCCUCUUAAGUGGAAUUUGCUGGUUUGUCCUCCAAGUUCAGUUGUGUAAUUACUGUCAGAUUGAAGGAGAUAAAUGCAAGCAUGCUCCUUGAGAUAGUUAACUUUAUGGCUUUUUUCUGUGUUACCGCUGAGGCAAUGGGGGGCAGGGCUCAGCCGUUUAAUGAAUGAACUGUAUAAACUAUAGAAGCUAGAUAUAUGUGAUGCAGAGUGCGCAGUACUGCAGUUUCUCUAAGAGCGGAGAGCUGCUCUAGCACAUAUUUUGGUGGCUGCGUUUCGAAAAACAUUAUACUUUCGCA